CAUAACCUCACUAAAAUGAACUGUCCAAAACGGAUUCAAAUUUUAAAAUUAUACAAGGAUUUAUUAAGAUACGGGCAACAAUUGAAGUUAACAGAUAAAAAGUAUUUUGAAGAAAGAAUUAAAACUGAGUUCAGAAAGAAUAUCGGCUUAACGGAUGAGAAAGAUAUUUCGUAUAAUUUUGAGAAGGGAAUUAUAGUGUUAAUAAAACGGGCAGUACAAUAAAAAUGUUAUACAAAACACAACUAUUAAGUGUAAAUAGGUUAGUUUUACCUCUUAUUAGAUUUAAGCAUAUCCUUGAUUAUUCCAAGGUUCCAAAACUAUUAGAGAGUGAUAUUGAAGAGCAGCAUGUGAGGGGAUCCGGUCCUGGUGGGCAAAAAAUCAAUAAAACUUCCAGUUGUGUGGUUUUAAAACAUAUUCCUACAGGUAUUGUUGUAAAGAAUCAGGAAAGUAGACUUUUAGAACAAAAUAGAAAAAAAGCCCGUGAUAUUCUUUUAACCAGACUGGACAACCACAUAAAUGGUGAAAAUAGUAUAGAGGCUCAAAUAAAGCAAAUAAACAAUAAAAAAAGUAGUGCAUCUCAAUCAAAAAAGGAUAAACUAAGAACUUUAAAGGAGGAAUGGAAAAAACGUGAAAAUAUAACAUAAAAACAAAUAAUUAAGAAGUAUAGGUAUAUUCAGACAUUUGUUUUCUAGGUUCUACAUAAAAAAAUAACAAAACAAAAGAUGUUUAGUUCAAACAGGUCCAAGAUAUAUAAAUAUGUUGUAGUACUUCUAAGUCAAUUUUAUAGAUAACUUAAUAAUAUACAAUUUUAGUAGAUACGAGUAUAAUUUAUACAAUUUGUUUCCAAAUAAUUUAAAUUUAAAGCUGUCAAUAUUCUGGGAAAGAUAAUGUACUUAAUCUUUCAUUUUUUUUAGUUUACUUUAUGUAGUUAAUAGUGCAGUUCCAA